AGUGGUGAAGAACAUAAGAGUUUAGUGUUAAAUGUUAUGUUGAUUAGAAUCAGCAAUUGUAUACCAUAGUGGGUGGAAUUGUCAAUUAAGAAGAAAUCUUUGGUGUGUUGUGUGUAAUGUUGCCAUUGCUGUUUGUCCUUGACUUCGAGUGUGACGUUUCCCGAACAGUUCUGCCGACUGUUGGUGUCGUAGGCCUAUUUUCCUUGUUCACUAAACUAUGUAUGAGUCAGCAUGUAUAAUGAGUCAGCUCCUCCCAUUUCAAGAAUUGCCGUUCUCCCACGAACGUAAAAACCGAAAGAAAAAAAAAAAUUGGGUCGCGGAAUUCGUAACGUUGUCGACUUUUUCUGCUGGCGUGCACCACGCCCUUAUAAAUGCAACAAGGAGUACUCAUUGAUUCGUUUUUAAUGACUUACACACACACACACACACAUGUGGGGAACUAGAAGAAAUGGCAGAUUUUGACUUGGGCAAACUGACCUCCGAGCUUACCCUUUUUCAUUAUCAGGGAGAACAGUGCUUGGAUGAAAUCUUUGAGUGGGCUUGGGACAAUUAUCAGUUUGAUUCAAGGCCUUAGAAGAAUCAGGAAAGUCUGAGGAUAGAGCCAAUAUGUUACGAUUGCUUGGCAAUGAGUGUUACAAGGCAAAGAAUUAUUACAAAGCCCUAGAAUCUUAUAAUCAGAGUAUCAUGGCAGCGCCACAUCCAGUAUUGAGUAAUGUCAAAAUAGAAGUGACUGAAGAUAAUGCAGAGUUUGGGUUUUCCUCGCAUCGACCCUGCCAUGUAUGGUGGUGUUGCUUUAGAGAAAUGUGGUGCCUUAGGAAAAGGAUUUGCAAAUAGAUCAGCCGUAAUGCUUGAUAUAGGCGAGUAUGAGAAGUGUUUGGAAGAUAUUAAUCUAGCCUUGGAGUAUGGAUAUCCCGAAGAACUGCGUCCAAAACUAGAGGCAAGACGGUUGAAGUGCCAAGAAAUACAAAGACAGAAAGUGUCAAACUGCAGCCAUAGAAAUUUUGUUAAUAAGAACCUUGAGAGUAGUAUCUUAAAGGAAUGUCUUACGAAAAUGAAGUUCUUCCAAGCUCAGAAGCCCCCUGUGAUCAAAGAUCCUAAUCCUUGCAUACCAGCAUGCAGUAGUGCUGUCAAAGUUUCUUAUUGGCCCAAUAAAGGGAGAGGCUUUGUUGCAACAAGAGACAUUAAGCCAGGUGAGGUCCUAGGUGUGGAAAGGUCUUUUGCUGUAGUUGUUUCUCAAGAACUGCUAGUUACACAUUGUUCCACGUGUACUCGCCCAUGUGUGAACCCUCUUCCUUGUCCCGGGUGUUCCCAGGUAGUAUUCUGCAGCAAGUCCUGUCGGGUAAAGGGUCUUUCGGAAGAUCAUUGGUUAGAGUGCAAGAUCCUGAAUUCAGUUCUUUUUCAUGGACUGGAAACAGUGGCGUGUUCCUAUAAACUACUGAAAACAUGGAACUUUAGUCAAAUAAAAUCUAUGCAGAAUAAACUGAAGAUGGAUAAAGCUCUUCUUCCUGAACAGUUAGGAUUUGAUAAAAGUGGAGUAUACGACUCAUCAUCUUUUCAGUCCGUUUACCAUCUUCGUCAAGACUUGGGAACCUUUCCUUUUGAAGGAGUGAUAUCAGGAUGCAUGAAUGCAUUUCGGUUGGCCAGACUAUUAGAGUUGAGCAAAAGGUUCUUUGUUGAUGAGUCAGUCAAACCCGUACCAGUGACUAAAGAAGAUUUUUUGGACGCAUGCAAGAUUCUAUUCAACAACUAUGCAAAGUUUACUCAGAGUUCAUUUCGAUCACGAGAGGAAGAGAUACUUGAGGUGGUUGAAUUGUACCCAGCGAAAAGUCUGAUCAACCACUCCUGCUCUCCUGUUAUGUCCUCUAAGCGUUUUGGUCGAGAGUCAUUCUGGUAUGCUGUAAGACCUGUCGCAGCUGGCGAGGAACUAACCAUUUCCUAUGUACCUGACUUCAGCAUUCAACCCAAGCAAGAAAGAAGAGGAAAUUUGGUGCCUGUCUAUAAUAUCGUCUGUAGCUGUCAAGCUUGUGAGGAGAGCUGGCCAACUUUGCCACAUCUACCUGAAAUUAUGUGUUUGUGUAUGAAUUGCAAGGAACCCUUUUCAAAUGUAGGAAUGUAUUGCCAGGAAUGUUGGGGAAGACUAAGAGAAGAAUUAGAUAUUAUGAAAGCUUUUGAACUGAGAAUUAUGUCUGACAAGGUAAAGUCAGCCCUUGAUUUUUUGCGUCGAAUGGCAAACAAACUAGUGCAAGUGGAACCCAUAUCGAAACAAGAAUUCAGACAUCUUUGCCAAAUGUCAGAGUUCAUCUUUAAAUAUUCAACAUUCCCAUCUCAAGCACUUAUAAGCUUCAUGAAGUUGAUGGAUAUUUGUGCUGAACAGGAAUUGUUGUGGUGAAUGAAGUGCUCGCUGAAUUAAGUGAUGAAGUCAACUUAAGAUUGUCUGUGGAAGAGAGUUUUAAUAGGCAUCCGGUUGGUAACUUUCAAUAGUGUAAUUAUAAGCACUGUAUCAUUUAAGGGAAAUAUGAUAAAUUUUUGUGUCCGUAUUUUGUAAAGUCUUUAGUGAAAGUAAAUUCUUACUGAAAUCAAAUACAUACUGAUAUAUUUGGAAGUCAGUUUUAAUCUAAAGUCUUUUUAUUAUUGUAAAUAAGCUGAAACAAAUAGUAUGUUGAUGUCAAAGAAAAUUUUUUUUUUUGCCAGUAUCAGUAUGUAUUUGAUUUCAGUAAGAAUUUUCAAAAGAACUGUAUCACCCUGAGUUUCAAUUCAAAUUUAGUGGUUUCUCUUGUAGAACGUGCUUGUUGUCUCUUGACAGUUUUCUGUUGCUCUAUGGCCAUGUGCAGUAUAAUGAUCUGGGGUCAUUUUUUAAGACGGCAUCUUCAUAAAGGUAUAUGAUUUAGUGCUCUUUAAUACCUCGCAUUAGCAUUGCUCUGUAACAGUCUAUUAUCGCAUAACAUCCAUUGAUUGCAUAGGUCAAGAUCCUUAACUAUGAUAAUGAUGAAUUCAAUAUUUCUCUGACAAGGGGGUACAAGGUAUGUUCUUGAUACCACCAUUAAAGUGUGUCCAAUUGAGUCUAUGGGGUCAGUAAACUGCUUAUAGUCCAUUUGCUUAGUUCACUGAAUGUCAGAACCCAAAAUAACACUGAACUGUUGAAA